AUCCUAAGGUCCGACAGUACGAUCUCACCAGUAUGAGAGAGCUGGUAACAGGGGGCGCUCCUCUCAAUCAAGAAGCCAACGAGGAAGUCAUUAUGACUGCUUUUCCUUUUUUGCAUUCUUUUCGUCAGGUUUACGGCCUAAGUGAGACAGGCUUUCUUGCUUGUGUCGAAACAGGAAGGAUUGUCCCCGACUCUGUUGGAAAACUGAUUUCUUCAGUAGAUUUGAAGGUGAUUCAUGUGGACACAGGGGUUGCUCUUGGUCCUUAUGAAGGCGGAGAACUUUAUGUUCGUAGUUCACAAACAAUGAAAAAAUAUCUACAUAAUCCCAAAGCUACAGCCGAGAUUUUUACACGAGACGGUUGGUUUAAAACAGGAGAUUUUGGCUACUAUGACUCGGAGGGAAACCUUUACAUCACCGACAGAAUAAAGGAAAUGAUCAAGACAGGAUGUCAUCAGGUUUCUCCCACUGAAAUAGAAUCUGUGUUAUGUAGUCAUCAGGCUAUAGAGGACGCUGCUGUAGUUGGUAUUCGAGACUCGGCCUUGGGAGAAGUACCUUACGGGUUCGUGGUGGCUAAGAAUGAUUGUCACGUGACACCGGAAAUUGUACUUGCGUUUAUUUCAGCUCGUCUAGCACCACAGAAACAACUGAAGUGGGUGACGAUUCUAGACAAAAUUCCAAGGUCUCAGUUUGGUAAAAUUCAACGUAAAUGGUUAAAAUAUUAUGCUAUUCAACAAUUGAAGAACUGACCACUGGUCAGUUGCUAUCAGGAAACACACUUGUUAGUGACAACUGAAGAGAGUAAAAACAAGCCCUUUGAGCUUGUGAUACAUUUGAA